UUCAGCUUUCGGGCGCAGCCUGGUGGUGAUGGUGGCGUUGGGACGCACCCAGGUGGUAAUGGUGGGGGAGAGGAGGGAUCGCCGGGGUUUUUGCAUAGUGAGGAGCAUGGGCAUGGGAGAGGGUAUGGUGUUCAAGCACAGACUGCUGGUGUUGGUGGGGGAGAGGAGGGACCUCCUGGGUUUGUGCUUAGUGAGGAGCAUGGGCGUGAGAGAAGAGGAGAAAGAAGAGGGAGAAGGGAACGAGAAGGGAGCAGAGGGGGAAGAGGAGAAAGAGGAGGGAGACGAGGGGGCAGAGGAGGAAGAGGAAGAUUGGGAGGUCGAGGAGGAACAGGAGGUGGAGAAAGGGAGCAGUGGACAUAGAGGAGGCAGACAGAAGGGGAGGUUUAGGAGCGGACAUUGGGGCAUAGAAGGUCGGGAAGGAUUAGCAGGUAGAAGGGGGGGGGGGGGGGGGGAGAGAGUGGGAGAUCUUGAAAUAGAGGAACAGGAGGUGGAGAAAGAGAGCAGUGGAUAUGGAGAAGGCAGACAGGAGAGUAGGUAUAGGAGGGGACAUCGGGACAUAAAAGGUCAGGAGCAGCAGGUAGAGGGGGAAGAGGAAGGUCGAAGUGGAGAAAGAGAGCAGUGGAUACGGAGGAGGCAGAUGGAAGAGGAGGUAUAGGACGAAGAAUCGGGAGUUGGGACGUAGAAGGCCAGGAGUAGCAGCAGAUGAAGGAGGAAGAGGAGGAUUGGGAGCAGGCCUAACGAUUGGUUUUAGGGUACCCAGGUUCCAAAAAAAAUAAUUCAAAAAAUCGUCAGCCUCAAGAAAAUUUACGCUGAUUCAUCAGUGUUUCCUAGCAAAAGUUCGCUCUUCCAUCAGGGUCGUGUACUAAAAAAACAAUGAUUUGGCAA